AUGGGAGGCACAAUCUGGUGCUAACAGCCUGUCCCAGAUUGUGAUAUUUUGCAGGGAUCAAACAUAUCGCUUUUUGAUUAUUUUACUGUCAAGAUGUUAUCACCAAGAUUCAAGUUGAGGUCAAAGGUGGUGUGUGACAUGACCCCACGGGAGCAGCUGAGGAAGAUGACAGCACUGGGAGAGCAGGGGGCUCUGGAUGAGAAGCACUGGUACCGUCUGGUCAACGGCAUGUCCGCUGGCGAGUUGAGGCAGAGGCAAGAGUUGAUAAUGAGGAACCAGAUGGCCAUGGCUCCCCAGAUCCUCGCCCAGGGGCAGCAGAGGUUGCAGGGGGUCCCGGCUCAGUUCGAGCCUCGCUUCAUGGAAAGGGAUCUGGUUCCCCCCAGCGAGAUGGUACCAUCCGAUGCCAGACAGAUGCACAUGGGACCUCACCUGGGUCCACCUCUACCUCCGCAUGCCAAUGUCCUGCCUGGGAGAGCCUUCCCUGGAGCCGCCGGCUAUGGCUUCUUGCCCUCAGAGCCCAUCGAAACAGUUGCCCGGCGACAGGAGCUCAUUCACAAGCAAAAUAUAGCCAGAAUGGAGAUGAAUGCCAUCCUACAUCAGAAGGAGCUGGAGAACGCCCACCAUAAGGGACUCAUGGGAAUGGACAACCCCAUGUCGUACCCUUCCAACCACAUGGCAUUCAGAGGUCGUCAGCGCAUGCCAGAUGGCCACGACGUCUUCGUCCACCGUCCCACCCUGGAUGAGCUCCACUCAAACAGCAUCCUCAUGUCAGCAAGCCCUUAUCCACCGAUCAGCACGCUGCACAGAGAAAGGGGACGCAGGGCCGGGAGGAGGCCCACGGCUCACAAGAGUGCAGAGAGCCACGUGGCCAACCUGAAGGGCCAGACUGAGGAUAAAAGUGUAGAGCAGAGCCCAGGAGCUACGUCAGGGGAGGAGAAGGAGGUGGAGGCUAAAGGGGACCUGGGGGAGGAGUGUGCCACUGGCAAGACACACCAUCAAUCAAAAAUAGACUCUGAGCUCACCACAGGAAGCAGGAAGAACUACAGAGAAGGGGAGCCGGGCCUGCGUAAAGCCUGCGUGAACAGUCAAGAUGGCUGCUCAGACGGGGCCAACAGCGGCACAAAUGAUAAAGACAUAUCGAGCCAAUGUUCGGCUUUCCAGGAGAAAUUCAUAUAUCCCUCUACAGGGGGAGCACUCACAGGCAUGCCUUACAUGUUCCCGGUCCCUGGAAAUGGUUUCCUUCCACCUGGUCCACCCAAUGUCUUUCUAAAUGGUGACGAGGUGUCUGAAGACAUACGGAAGUGGACAGUAAAUGAUGUUUACAACUUUAUCAACAGUAUACCCACAUGUUCAGAAUAUGCUCAGACAUUCAAGGACCACAUGAUUGAUGGGGAGACACUGCCCCUCUUGUCAGAGGAGCAUCUACUGGACACACUGGGGCUCAAGCUGGGACCAGCUCUUAAGAUCCGCUCACAGGUGUCUAGGCGCAUGGGCAACAUGUUGUACAUGAUGAACCUGCCACUUGCCACCACCGCCACCGCCCUGCAGGCCACUCCGGAGAAGCCCGGCGACCGCUCACCAGAGAUCGGCUCCCCUGUUAACUGCAACAGCGAGGAGAUGAUGGUGAGUCCAAGAGACUCUGAUGUCCUCAAAUCCACAGAGCACCUCCAUGAGACAGAAAACAACUCCCCUCCGUCUGCCAGCAGUGAGACAGCUUGAUCAUCUCUGACCCAGUGGACAGAUGCAGCCAGGCUCAGUCUGCACCUACAGUACAGCAUUACACUACCUGAACUCCUGCUACCACAGUGGUGGAUUUGUUUACAUUUACUGGAUUUAAGAUGCUUUUUUACUUUUUGCUACCGUGGAAUUUAAAGCACAGGUUCACACUAGGCAGGUGUUGGCUAAAUGUUUGUAUUUUACAUAUAUAUUUGCAAACUGUGUAUUUUUAAAAAAAAUGCAGGGUGAUGCGUUAUGUGAAUCAAGAGACAGUAAGAAGGUUUUCUUUUCUUUAUGUAUUAUUACAGGCCUUAGUCUCCAAGCAUCUGAUUAUAGCUUUAAACGUACUUAUUUUUUCAAGCUGCUAAGUGAAAUUUCUACAGCGGGUUGGCAUACAGACCAUAGAAAUUAUUUUGGACUGGUUUUGUAAUGGAAUAAUAAUAAUCUAUGUGUUUUGGACUUGGAUGUUUGAUAUUUUUUUG